AUGUCACAGUGCAUAGAGGGUUUCAAGCAUUUGUGCACCUCUGUUUUAGGGUGUUUUGAUCUUGAUUUGUAUAAACAAUCUGGUGGCCUUGGCGAUCCUGAAUUGCUUGCGAGAGACACAGUUUUUAGUGUGAGUGAAAUAGAAGCUCUUUACGAACUGUUUAAGAAAAUUAGCAGCGCCGUGAUUGAUGAUGGGCUGAUUAACAAGGAAGAGUUUCAGUUGGCUUUGUUUAAGACGAAUAAAAAAGAGAGCUUGUUUGCAGAUCGGGUCUUUGAUUUGUUUGAUACAAAACACAAUGGAAUACUCGGGUUUGAGGAGUUUGCUCGUGCUCUCUCUGUCUUUCACCCAAGUGCGCCUAUAGAUGACAAAAUCCAUUUUUCAUUUCAGCUAUAUGAUCUUAAACAGCAGGGGUUCAUCGAACGGCAAGAGGUGAAACAAAUGGUUGUCGCUACCCUUGCUGAAUCCGGAAUGAACUUGAAGGAUACUGUCAUAGAGGAUAUAAUUGACAAGACGUUUGAAGAAGCCGACACAAAACACGAUGGAAAGAUCGAUAAGGAAGAGUGGAGAAGCCUUGUUCUUAGACAUCCAAGCCUUCUCAAGAACAUGACUCUUCAGUAUCUCAAGGACAUCACGACUACGUUUCCGAGCUUUGUGUUUCAUUCUCAGGUUGAAGAUACCUGA